CACACGCCAUCCACUCCCCAUCACCACGCCCGCAGAGAUUUCGCCAUGCGCCCUCACAACCGCCUCUCCUGCCCUCACUGUCGCGCAUCCAGCCCCCUCGUCGUUGCCAUCCUGGUCACUAUUAGGUAAAAUGGGGGUAAUUAGCGAGGUCAGCGGGUGCUUGGGAGUCUUGGAAGGUCUUGGAAUAUUCUUACGCUAGUGCCGUUGUGGGACUAGUGCGGGCCCGGUGAGUUGAGUUUUUAUGAGCUGUUCUCUGUUUUCUCUGCUUGGGUGCGCAGAGUACGAGGGGACUUGGGAGACGCAGUGUGACUAAAAAUAGGGCGGACCGCUUGGAUGCUGGGUUUCUGGGGGGAUGAGAGGCAUGAGAGGCAUUUACUGGGAGUGCGGAGGGGGAGCGCUGGUGGUCCCGUGGGUAAGCGGGCGGUUGAGUCUGGGCCUGGGCUCUACUCUACUUUCCAAACGCUCACACGCACUACGACAAAGACGUUGGAUUGGAGAGGUACGAAGUAUACUACAAGGUUACUUUACUUUGCUACUUGUUUUACUCCUGGUCUUAGUCUUGGUCGUGCUUGGUCUUGCUUCCUUGCUCCUCUACAGCUGCAUCGUAAAGUAAAGACGCGAUCUGGACGCCCUUGGCAGCGUUAACGCCUUCCCCCUUUUCAGCAUUCCGCGGUCCAAGAGGCGGUGGCGGUAAAUCAGGUGAUGACUCAGUUUGUGCACCAGCGCAUCGGUGCACCGACCCAUCGUGAGCUUCAUUUUCCAGCCUGUGACCUGUUGGGAUCUUCGGGAGAUCCCCAUGGUGUGGCUUUUCUCGUCUCGGCUGUUUUUCUAAACAGGGCCUUAAAACGUGUCCAUCAAAGGGAGCACACUACUCCGCGUGUACCUUCUUUGUUGGACUUUACACCAAACCUCGGCGCAAAAGAAGCAUCGUGGCCCCUUGGUACUUUUUGGCUAAAUCCAAAACCAAAUUUCCGCAAUCAACCGCAUCGCCCGGAACGGCCCCUCAUUUCCCCAUGCCAUGCCUCGGCAUCCCCCCAGAAACCCUUAAAAAGCGCACGGGGCCAAGCAGUCCACGCAACGCACGGUGCCGAGCGCGCGCUCCCCAAAAUUUCUCAAAAUCUGGGGGAAAAUCAUGAACCCUGAAGUUUUGCAACGGCCAAGCCCGUCUUACACCACGUGACAGAUAUGUUAAUUUCAUGACUCUUACACCACGUGACGGUUAUAUUAAUUUCACAAAUCCUUCUUGCAAAAUAAUUCUAACGUUCGAAAGGGGAUUUUUUAUAUCACGUGGCCUAUUUCCAUAACCUCCGAUUUCCGAGUUUCUCUUGGCUGUCAGUCCCGCCGCGUCAGUAUAUACGCGUCUUAUAUCACGUGAUAUAUAUAUAAUCUCCUCCUUCAACUUCAGCCUCCUGUCAGCCGUCAGCCAUCAGAAUUCUCAAUUCUUUAAUUCUCGAUUCCAAAUCUCCUCAAUUUGAUAUUUUUUUAUCCACCGCCGAGAAAUUCCACUCCCGCUGUAAAAGCCACCACUUGCUUCCCCAUCAAACUUCCCCGCCAUGGCCGUAUCGCUUGACACCCCGCCCAUAGCCGCAGAUGGUCCAUCCACUACUACCGCGCCAGCGAAGGAAGAUGGAAAACUCCAAAUCUCCGUAGGCGGUAAAGAACUCAUCCACCCAGCCGUCACCCUCCUCGCCCCAAUCUUCGAGACCGACCCUCUCAUCACCUACUUCCUCAAUGGCCUAACGCGGGAGGAGCGCAAUGCCUACCUCCCCAAGUACUUCACCAUCCUCCUAACGGCGGCGGGCAUGAAUAAGGGGAGUUUCUACCACACCGAUGAGCUGGAUUCCAACCCUCCCUUUUCGGUCCCUAGUUCCGGUAGCCCGCAGAAGGGCGGCAAGGUCGCCGUUAGUCACCCAUGGCGCAGCACGAUCGUCCUCCUCCCCCCAGGCUCCUCAAUCGACAACCCCCUUACCAUGCUCCCCUCCGGCCUCCCCUCCGUCCUCCUCAAGCUCGGCCUCCGCGGCGUGCGAAAAAUGCUCUUCGAAUUCGAAGGCGCCUGCAAGUCCGCCCGCAAAGCCGGAUUACGCAAAGGCGAAGACCCGUAUUACAUCUUCUUCGUCGGCACGGCGGCGGCGCAUCAGGGGCAAGGAAUAGGGGGGGAGUUGGUCAAGGAGGUGUUGAGGAAGGCGCAGGGGGAGGGGAAGACGGUGUGGUUGGAGGCGACGACGGGGGGGAGUAGGAGGUUGUAUAAGAGGUUGGGGUUUGAGGAGGUGAGGGAGAUUGUUAUGGGGGAGGGACGGGUGGGGGGGGAUGGGUUGCUGAAGAAGGGGGGGGAGGGGGUGAGGGUUUGGGCUAUGGUUUGGAGGCCGGAGGGGAAGAGGUAGAGUGGUUGGUGGUGAGGAGGCAUAGAUGGUGGGAAGGGGUGGUGUGGUUGAUAGAUGCUGAUAUAUAGAGAUGUAAUGUGUAAUGGAAAUAGAGUUUUGGGUUCACUCAUCAGCCUCCCAACGUAAAUGGGUGUUUCUCGCCACCCUUACUCGAUUCCAUAUUUUAAAAACCCCAGAUCAAAACUUUAUUGGCCUGAGAGGAACACCAUGGCAGUCCUACACGAAACUGUCUGAUGGGAUCCUUGCACUUGGCGUGACCGAUGAGUAGCAAGUUGAAGUAUGCAUCGCAAUCCACCACUCCGAAUUCUUCAAUACAUCCCUAUUUUCCCCACCACCGACGUAUGGUGACCGUCUGAGAAACAAUGCUUGGCUCUAAUUUUACAUUAUACCACAGCAGCACCCAUCAUUCCGAUCAUCGUACUGUGGCUGUCUUUGCAUUGGCGGCCUUUGCCUCAUCUGGCCUUGCAUACGGGC